AGCAGUGCUAACCACUGAGCCACUGUGCCGUCCCAAAUAUCUUUACAACAUAGCUUGUGGGUUAGGAGCACUUCCUCCAGAGCCAAAAAAAACUGAGUAAAUUGCAAUCUUCACCCCCCCCCCCUCAAAGUCCUACAAGAGCUGCCUGCAUCACUGAACAGAGUCAGACUCACCUGUGAUUCGUCCUGUGAUAAGGAUUACUUCAGGCCACCUUGGAACUCCUCAUGCAGUGGCGACCUGGGUUGCCUUUGUAUUCCGUUGUUGCUCUAAGUCUCUGAAAGUAAUACUUGGUUCUCUUUAAAAUAUUCACAUUGCAGGGACAUUAAACAAAUACUUUUAAUGAGCUUAAACCAGAAUAUGAUCACGCCAAACGGAGAUAUUCUCUAGGAAUUGAGCUCUCACUGGCUUCAAAUAAUAAGAACAGAUUUGUCAAACUGAGCCGCUCAUCGGUUUUGGGCCUUUGAAGUCAGCUUUCCAGCCAGAAGGAACCCCACUGAUGGCAGCCUUACAGUUAAAUUCCGCUAUCUGUCUUUACCAAACCAUGAAAAACACACAGCCUGCAUUGUGGUCCCAGAAUUUUUAAAACUGAGCAAUGUUUCUGUAGUUGGAUUAUUUGCAUACUGCGUGGGAUAAGCUGAGCUUCCUGAAUGGGUGACAUGCAUCACUGUAAAGACAUUUCUUGACACUGAUUUUGCCAGGCAUUCCUGAUAGCUAGUAGAUAUCAAAGCCUACAGAGCAGUGUGUUACGGGUUCAAUCACCAGCUUGUGUUGAGUUUGUUGAUGCCAACUGGGGCCAUAGUUGGGAUACUUCACCUGGCUUUAGUAAUCCUAAGAGAACAAAGGAGAAAUAAAAACAAAGUACUGGAGAAACUCAGCAGAUCUGGCAACAUUUGUGAGAGAAAAGCAAAGUUAACUUGUCAAGUUUGAUAUGACUGUUCUUCAGAAUUGAACUCCCUUUUCAAAGCAGUCAUACUGGACUCUGAAAAUUAACUUUGUUUCUGUGUCUAUUUUAGAUCAUCAAUAUCUGCAGUAUUUUACUUUAAACUAGGAAGGAGAAGUAGGUUUGCUGCUCUUUUUCACUAUCCACUGACCCUUGUUGGAAUCUUUUGUGCAGGUGGACAACAAAACAGGGUCAUAUCUAUCUUUGACUGCCUUUACGUGUUCAGCAACCUGCCAAAAUUCACUCUUCAAAUCAUCUCGUGAAAAAUGGGCUACUUCGUGUGAUACCAGUGAGCAUCGUUCUACCCCUUAGAUCUACAUCCGAUCAACAGCUGACACGUUUAAAGUGUUGUAUUUCUUCAUUUAAUUCCUCCACAUUCAGUUGGACAAGCCGGGCUUACCAAUAGGGUUGAUCACAUCCCCUUUCUGAUAUAGAUUAUGCUGUUAGAACAUCACCAAAGAUGAUACAAGAACAUAAAAUAUAAUACAGGAAAUAUUAAGAACUUGGCUAUGGUUAAAAUAGCGCUGCUGCUUAGUGGGAGAAGAAAGCACACAUAUAACAAUAGAAAAUGAUGGUAAAUCCAACAAAAGGAACUGCUUCACACAAAGGUGAAAGGCUAGUCAUGGUCAAAGGAGGAAACCUCUACUGUAAGGGGUUAAAAUGUACCCAGAUACCUGGCUAGGGUAGAUAAAGACCAGAAAGGGUAAGCUUUGGUCAGAUGGUCAUUUCCCAUCCUUGAUAAUUUUUCUUUUGAUCCCUUUGUGUUCAUACAUAAAGGUGGAUUCAUCAUUGAUAGACUGUUGUAUUUAGCUCUUCUUGGGGUUUCCGGGGACCUACUUUGGAAACAUUGGGCAGAACCUAGAUGCCAACAAUUCCCAACUUGAAAGUCAGAGUGGUAGUCCUGUGACUCCAGCUUGCUUCUCUGGCCCUCCAUCAGUUACCGACAUCUCAGAGCAUGCUGCAUACGUAGCGACUUCAUGCAACUCAUCAACAACCAGGAUCCCUGGGUCCCUGACAGUAAAGUGGAAUGUGAAUUUGCUUCUGCCUGAUAUGUUUUAGGCAAUUGACAGGAGCCUUGCAGGCCAGGGAUUACCAGUGGACUGUGGACUACCAGUGCUUGAACAAGUACAUGGCUGGGCAUUAAAAAAUGCUGCCAGCGCCAAAGAUCGAGGGUGGCAGGUACUUCCGUCUGUGGUGAGUGGGAGAAUACACCGGGUAUGGUGCCAUAAGUCAUGCUUUAUAUGUAAUGAGCUGCGUUUGGGGUGGUAGCAUGGAGAGAAACCCUCCAUGAAAUUUGCCAAAAUUGACAGAGCCAAUUUCUGGUGAAAUUCAGACCAAUAUCAAUUCUUUAGGUUUCUAAAGUGAACAGAAGAAAAGUUCAUAAUCUGGAAGAAAAUCAUAAUGGUCCCAAAAAGGCAUGUGGCAUGCAAUGGCCAGCUCGUCAGACAGCGAGGAUGACAGUUUCAUUGCCAUGGAUACAGAAGAAGUAUUGGAUGGGACCAUGGAACAGGAUGAAGAAGCUCAUGUUGAAUUGGAAGUUGAAGAAAUGAGGCAUAACCGCUCAAUGUUAGAGUUGCCUGAGGAAGUGCUGGAAUACAUCUUGUCUUUCUUGUCUCCAUAUCAGGAGCACAAAACAGCUGCUCUUGUUUGUAAACAAUGGUAUCGACUCAUUAAAGGCGUGGCUCACCAGUGUUACCAUGGUUUCAUAAAAGCUGUUCAAGGAGGAUAUAUUCAGUGGGAGAGCCGCACCUACCCUUAUCCCGGGACUCCGAUUACCCAGCGCUUUUCACACAGUGCUUGUUACUAUGAUGCCAAUCAGUCCAUGUACGUCUUUGGAGGUUGCACUCAAAGCAGUUGUAAUGCAGCAUUCAAUGACCUUUGGCGGCUUGACCUUAACAGCAAAGAAUGGAUCCGACCUCUGGCAUCAGGUUCCUAUCCUUCUCCAAAGGCUGGCGCUACAUUGGUUGUGUACAAAGACCUUCUGGUGUUGUUUGGAGGCUGGACCAGGCCAAGCCCCUAUCCUCUACAUCAACCUGAGAGGUUUUUUGAUGAAAUACAUACUUACUCACCCUCCAAAAACUGGUGGAACUGUAUUGUAACAACUCAUGGACCUCCUCCAAUGGCUGGUCACUCAUCCUCUGUAAUUGGAGAUAAAAUGAUUGUAUUUGGAGGAUCAUUAGGCUCUCGACAAAUGAGUAACGAGGUCUGGAUACUGGAUAUGGAGCAAUGGACUUGGUCCAAACCAGCGACAUCGGGUAGCAUGCCCCAUCCAAGGGGUGGGCAGUCCCAGAUUAUUAUUGAUCAUGAAACUAUCCUGAUCCUGGGAGGCUGCGGAGGACCCAAUGCACUGUUUAAGGAUGCCUGGCUGCUACACAUGAACAGCACACCUUGGACGUGGCAACAGCUAAAAGUGGAGAAUGAGGAGCAUGGGGCACCGGAGCUGUGGUGUCAUCCAGCCUGUAGGGUUGGACAGUGUGUGGUAGUGUUCAGCCAAGCACCCAGUGGUCGAGCCCCUCUUAGUCCCAGCUUACAUUCGCGCCCAUCUCCUAUCAGUGCCACACCACCAGCGCUUGGUGCAGAAAUGAGAGAACAUCGAUCACAGUCCCCAGUACGGAGUACUGAUGAAGUUCCGUGUGUAAAUGGACGCUGGGGUACGUUGCGGCCAAGGACGCAUAGGCCAACAACAGCUGGUUCUCGGGAAGGCAGCCUAUCUCCAGCCAAAGGAGAAAGGUCACCAGUUUUAAACGGUGGAACGUUAUCCCCAGGAUCCUUAGCUGGCUCUUUGGACAGUCCAGUGCAGCCAGGAUCCCCUGUCACAUCAGCUGUGGUGGAGGGUUAUGAUCUUCGAGGACUUCCACACGUCACUAGGCAAAGCACACCAGCGGAACAGAAGGUAGAUUCAGGAUUAGAUCCAUAUAGGUCUCAGGACUCUGUAAAUUGGGACUCAAAAGCCUCUUCCAGCAACAACCUUGGAGAAGAUGGGAAUAGGACAAGUCCAGGAACUGAGAUUAAUCUUGGGAAUGCUCCAGAGCAGACAAAUGGAAUUCACACACCACCUCAUGUGGCAAACGCUCCUCCAGGCCCAGUAUCUCCAGGAGCACUCCGAAGAGGGCUGGAAGCUGUGAAGGAUUUCUUACCACAAAGUUCAUCAUCUGUUGUUUCAGCUAGCGGAAGUUCAGCUCCUUUAUCUGUAAUGCCAGGAAACCAUGGUCAAAGUUCAAACAGUACUGAUGUACCGCUUCGCUCUGCACCUGCCCAGGCAGAUGGACAUACACUGCCACCUAUUGCACGCCGGUUAGGCCACCACCCACCUCAGUCUCUCAAUGUAGGAAAGCCCUUGUACCAGAGCAUGAACUGCAAGCCAAUGCAAAUGUAUGUGUUGGAUAUAAAGGAUGCAAAGGAAAAGGGAAAAGUCAGUUGGAAAAUGUUCAACAGUGGCUCAGUUGUAGGCCCACCAGAAACCAGCCUCCACACAGUGGUGCAAGGUCGGGGAGAGUUGAUCAUUUUUGGGGGGCUGAUGGACAAGAAACAGAAUGUGAAGUACUAUCCAAAAACCAAUGCAUUGUAUUUUGUGCGAGCUAAGAGAUAAUGCACCACCUCAAGGUAUUUCACAUUACCUGAUGCACACCCAUAAGCUGUGAAUUCAAAAAAAACAUUCAUCUGUAAAACUACAUUGGAAAUGGCUUAAAAUUUGCUUGUUAAAAACACAAAUUUUACUCCAUUCCAGUGAGUUUGUUACAUUUGGACUGAUUUGUCUUAAUUUGAUUCUCGCUAUGUUCUCAAAAGCUUCUGCUGCCUUCAAUACUGACCGGAAAGGAAAUAGCAUCUGAAUAUUUCCACCAUUGCAGUAACUCGUAUGUGGUAUGCUACAGGUUAGCAAAUGUGCUUUAGCUAGGUGAGAUCUUACUAUAAACAAACGCAAGUGCAUUGAUAAUGGCACAAUGAGUCUGCAGGAGUCUGCGAUGCCUUGUUUGAAGUUGCAGCUUAUCUAUAGGAGCUGAUGCCCCCUUUGUUGAAAUGGGGUAUUUUUGCGAUUCAGUAUUUUGGUCGCAACCUUCAAUCUGCUCAGUGGACAAUUCUUUAAGAGAUCAGCUAACUGACAUAAACCAAACACUCCAAAAAUUGCACAUGCUGACUCCAAAGCCAGUUGAGUUAAAGCAUAUGUUCUGGUCAAUGAAAGGUGCCGUACAGAGUUUAACCUCUUCCUUUCCUGCAGUUUAUAAACUAAUUUAUUUUUAAAGAGAAACGUAGCAGCUAAUGUAUUGAAAAAGAGAAGUAUAGGUGUGGAAAGAAUUGGUACUUGUCACAGUACCUGUCCCAUUGUGGAUUGGGGCACUCACUGCUGGAAUAUGCCUGUCCAGCUGUGGAAUGGGGCACUCCGUCUUCAGUCUACUGCUUAUCUGUGGGAGGGAGCACUCACUACAUGGAUCCCAUUGUGGAAGGAGGAUCUACGUAAUCAGCGUACUUGUCAUAUUGUUAGCGGGGGCAAGUAACAAAGGAAUGUAGAGAUGCUUGAGAUAUAAGCCCAUAACUGCCUCAAGUCUUUUGUUGCCCAGGUGGUAAAGCCAGAUUGAGUCGAUUCAAAUGAAGAGAGCCUGUUUGUUGAUGCAUGCAGGCUGACUCUGGUAGUAAUCAGUCGGAUUGUAUUUCAGCAACCUUGUGCUAGAUUAAAUUCUGUCUGUUGUCUGAAUUGGAAAUCUGACUCUCAUUUUAGUCCAGACACAAUUGGUAGCUGGCCUUAAUUUAUAUUUUAAUGGAUAUAUCAAGGAGCUAGUUGAUACAGCUACCUUGAUUUAAUUGAGAACAUCACACAUCACACUGCCUUCAGUUAUCUAUUUUUGAUGACGAAAGGAACUUGUUAGGAGACAUUUGAAGGUUUUCUGGUAUUUUUGCUUUAUAAAGUUGAUAUUUUUCUGCCUGUUCCAGUCAAUUAAGCCCAUUUAAUUGAUGCCCUUGUUUGUCAAUUGUGUAGAGGUGUCCAAUUAACCAUAAACUUUAUCCUGUUUUAAUUAAAUACAUUUUCUUAGCGUUUCUUGCAAUGACAAAUUUAUCAUUUGACUUGGAGUUUAUCAGUAGUAGUUGUCUAACCUUGAUUUCAAGGCUAAGAUCAGAACGAAGUUGCUGAGGAAAAUGGCUACCAAGCUGCAGUCUUGCAAUUGGGAAAUUUUCCUGCACUAUUUAGCUUGAUUAUCCAUUGGUUUUUUGCUAAAUUUUUCAGUCUUGCAGAAGACAGUAUAAUUUGCUGUUAUUUUGUGUGAGCGCCACCUCCCUCCAGUGAUGCCUUUGCAUUUACUCAUCUCUGUUAUGCCAAGGGGAGGUGAUGAGCUCUGCAGUUUGCUGCACCCUCAGGUCCCAGUAUCUCAUGUAGUUCCCUGGGUGACUGCCAUGGAGAGACUGAUGAAGGGAAACAACCACAGAACAGUGUUAAUCUACAUCUAAAUUCAUCUUUUCAAUUAUUUUGUGGCUGCCAGGACAAUCUUAACUCAUAAUAUUUGUUUGCCCUCUUUCUCAAUUGACAGUAAGAAGAGAGCUAAUAGCAUUGAACCCCAGCUCUGGCUAUAUACAACAUCAAGCAGGCUGAGGUUUAAGCCCCAUUGCCACAUGGAGCAGGAGCUGUGUUUAAUGCUGAAGGUGUAAGAAAGGCAAGUGUGAGCAGAUUCCAUGUAUUAUGAGUGUUAGUGCCCUGGAAAAUGGAACAACUUGUAGUGUAAUAUGCUGCUUUGUACCAUAACUUGCUUAAUUGUUCACAUCUAACAAACUGACGAUCACAAAGAAUGGAGAAUUUUCAGAGAUAUAGCGCAAGUGCAGUAGAAUGAAAAAUUUGCACCUUUCAAAACACAUGGCAGUAGAUACUGGCCCCAGAUAAUAGUUGUCUUUGCAUUUAACAACCAACAGUCACCAAGUUGUAACUAUCAAAUUGGAACUUAGGAAGUCAUCCUGAAUUUUGUUGGAUGGUUGUGUUUUUUAUUUACUAAUAUGUAUCCAUGUGGCCACAUAAAAUUUACCUAAACACUGGAAAGUAGAGGAACUACUUCUCUGGCCCUAUGCACAUAUAUAAGGGAUGAAUAUACAUGGCAGUGAAUGGAUACAACAAAAUAUAUUUAAACCUACUCCAUCAGAUGUCUUUGUAAAUGCAGUGGUUUGGACUUCAGUAACAAAGUGUAUCUUUUAAUAUGUGUAACAUUUUGUAUAAUGUGACACAGCCUGGCCGAUUUUUAUGCUGUUUUGGUUUCUCUACAGAUGCCAGAUCCAUAAAAAUGCAGUUUGGUGGGUUAAAUUGUUGACAGUUGCGCCUCGAACCAGAGAAUCAUGCAGUCCCUGAGCACAUAAGGAAGUCACGCUGGAGCAAUGUGAAUUUGUCAUGGAGUUCUGAAUGAAUGCUGUGAGGUUAGAUUCUGUCAGAUUCAGUUGAGCGUAUGCAGUGGUGCACUGCUACCCAGGGCUUACAAAUGUGUUGAAGGCAGUAACGGGGCUUUAAGUUGCACACAUAUGGUCCCUUUGCCAGACCUGCUGCUUUGAUCUAUUUUCUCCAGGUUUUAGUUAAUAUAAGGAUGAACUAAAAUGCUGCUCAAAUUUCGAAUCAAGUAAAUGUAACUGGUGAAAAACGUUUCACUUUUUGAUGUGCUCCAGGUAUAUGACAAGACUGUUGGGUAUGUAGGUACUUAUCUGGUGUAUCCUUUUCCCACCACCGUUCAUUGAAUUCAUGCCCUGAUUUGAUGAGGUUUGUGGUGCAGAUGUAUUUUGUAUUUGUGAUAUUUCUCCAAGUAAAACCACAGCUGUGGUGCUAUUUAUGUCAGCCUCUUUCCUAAUCACUUAAUCAUACUAUUGAUUCACAAAAUCACAGUGAUGUUAAAUUCUAUGCAAUAUUUUCAUCCCCAAAAUUUGGCUAUUCAAAUCUGGUUCCAGCUUAUCCUUCCACUGAUUCUAACCUGCCUGGAUUAUUGCAGUCAUGUGUCAGUUUUCUGUCUAGCUUCCUGAGGGAGAAGGUAAGCAUAUGGUGUCUUUGCAGUUGACAUUGCUGAAAGAUGAUAAGUCUGGCGGUGGAUAUUUAGGAACAGUCAACCUUCUGUACCUGACUCAGUAAUUUGAUAUCUAAAACAUCUCGAACCAUAGUACUCAAGGACAUUGUUGAUUGACAGCUAAUCUCACCAAGUGACUUAAUGGGGUGAAUAUUUAUGGGACUUUGGUUUGUUCCCACUGAUGGUCAGAAAACUCAAAUGGACAGAGUAGUUCUGUACAAAAUAAUGGGAAGCUCACCAGUAAUCCAUGUUUGAGAGUUGUGUGAUUUAAGCUGAUUAUGUACCAAUAGGUAUCCCCUUGUACACUUGAAAGUCCUUAAACUUUUGCUCUGCCAAUGUGUGCCUAAGUUCUUAAUCAAUAGAUGAAGUGUGUUUCUAUGGGAAAUGUGUUUGGUUAAACACAGCCAUUUGACAAGUGUAUCCUGCUUCAGAGUUUCAAAUAUAAUGUUUCUCUGUGGCAGACAUCUGAUUGUACAGUCUUCUAUUGGUAUCCUUGUUACAGAUAUAGAGAGGAAUGGCUGUGUAUGUCCUAAAACGUCUGGAUGGCCUGAUUUCAAAAUGGUAAAAAUGCAUGACCAAUGAACCAAUUAUAUUUAACACAAUGUCCACAUUUUUGGCUGUGUUUUCUCCUUAGCUGCUAGCAUCCGAUCUGAUGAUUUCACAUUCAGCUUUUGCAAAACUUGAUGUCAAAUACAAUCUUGUACAAACAGUUUCACACACAAAGGUGGGGGAAGUGUGACACGUAAAGCCUGUAAACUCUUUAUUCAUUGCCUAUUUAAAAUACCAUCAAAUGUUCUGUUUAUUGAUGUAUUUAAGAGAAAUUAAGGGCCAGUUUGUUUCCUUUUCCUCUGCCAGUUUCAAUCGGACUACAUUUUCACAGGGUGUGGAUUUAUUUUACUGCAGUUUUUACUUCUCUUUUUCCCCUUAGUCUUACAUUUAAAGAUGGAAAAGUGGACCAGUUUCCAUUCUGACCAUCUAGCUUACAGGUCAUGUCAGCCCAGGCACCUCUAUGUUUUCCCAUGAUCAAAAGAAGGCUCAAUUUUCACGACUAAAUUCAGGAUCUGGAUUCUCUGGUAUUGUUGACUUUGUUUAUUUUUGUGUUGAAUAGUGCUUGCUUGGAAUAGUUAAACCCAUUUCAUGAAGGGCUUUCACAGUCACCAGAUUUUUGGGAAGAUAUUUCAUAUUAAGUCUUAAGGUUAGGUCAGUGAUUGGGUGACACACAGGGUGAAUCUCCCUCCACAUUUAUUUCAAAAUGUAAGGUUUAGUAUUCAAAAAAAAUUUAGGAAGGAAUAAAUUUGCACUUAAAUUGCUCAAUUUCCUGUAACACUUCAUAUCUGUAAAAAAUACUUCGGAAAUUCAGUUGUUAUGUAAGGAAUGAUAAUUUGCAUACAACAACGUCCCAUAAUUUUGUAGUUGAAACAAAUCACCAAUUACUUUUUGGUGGUUAUUGAGGGAUGACUGUUGGUCUGAACACUGAGAAAUGUCCUCUUGGAAUUGUGCUGUGGAAUCUUUAACAUGCACCUAAAAAGGCAAACCUGGUCUUGCAGCUCUGAUGGAGCAGGCAUUACUGCAUUAGAGAGUCAACCUAUUAUGCUCAAGGCCUGAUUAAAUAACAAAUUUAGAAUGUUCAGUGUACUGGGAGCUGAGACCAGGUGCGUUUUUUUAAACUCUUGUUAUCUAUUUUGUGCUUCAAACAAGUUUAUGCAGUAUUAGAAAUGAUAAAAUUCAGGGGAAAUGGGAAUGUAACUUCAAAAGGUUCCUUCUUACUGAUUGUAUUUACUUCUGGGUUGCCAAAUAUUAGGGUGGUCCCUGGCAGCAACAAGUUGUUAAUUCUUCUGUUUGAACUGAGGAAAUUUGUUUUGCUUUCAAUUUUCUCACGCCCUUGGACGUUUUUGUCCUGUCACUAUAUUAAAUGAUUUUUUUAUUCCUGCUCAGAGCUGCAGCUGGCUAUUUGAGUAGAAAUUCUGCACCUGCUAUGGGCAAAUCACUGUUUCAUUCUCCCUGUAGAAUGUUUGUGUAAGCAUGAAUUGUAGAAUUAAUCUGGAAGGAGGGAAUCUGGGAUUGCAGCAAACUGAGCCAGGACAGGUUUCCAACAAAGCCAGGUCAUGAGGCUUGAUUCACAGUCUGCUGCUGCCACCUACAGAAAUGUAAAGAUACAAACAUUUUUCGUGCAGCAGUGAGAAACCUUUUACUGGAUUUUUUUUUGAACUGUGCUACUGCUGCAGUUAGCCGCAGAUCUCUGACUCUUUCUAUGUUUUCCUAGCUGCUUCCUUUAAAUCCAGCACUAAAGUGACAAGUUUGAUGAACAGCAAUAUCUUCAAUGCUGAAACAAGAACAAGGCUCUCCAUAGAUUCUGAAAAUCUGAAAUACAGUAAUUGCUGGAAAAGCUUGGCAGAUCUACAGUAUCUGUGGAGAGAAGCAGAAUUAACAUUUCAGGUUCAUGACUUUUUAACAUAAUACUGUCUAGUCUUUUCAAACAGUUUAAUUAAUUUGUCAUCUUGAGAUUCCCUCCUCUUUACCCCACACCCCGCCCCCCAACUCCAUAUAUUGGCAGACACUAGAGCAAUGCCUAGGUAGAAACCUGACACAUUGAUUAUUUUUACAAAAUGGCAUACAUUUUAAAACAACAAUUGAUAUUCUGUACUCUUCUAUUAAGACUCCAAAUUUGAAAUCUUGAGUUUUUUCCAGUGGAAGGAGAAAGUUGAAAAAUUAUCUGAACAAAUUAUAACAACAGUCAAUUUAGUGAGAAUCAAUGGAAUUUUGUAAACCUUGCUUUUAUGCUGAAAUUACUGUUGUCAUGAAUACAGAUGAUUGAACCAGUUUUGGGAAGCUAUACUUAAACCAGGUUUCUCCCCAUCAGAAUAACUUCUGUUUAUAUCAGAAGCUUUCUGCUCUAAUACAGUGGUCUUGUGUGAACUCUGCACAGCAUUCCGACACAGAUGCAACAAUAGUUUGUUAAUGGGCUGAGCAGGUCUGUUGCCUGAGUCCAUGAUUUAGAGUGCAAUGGAGGUGUUUUGUAAAACUGAACCAACCUUUAAUAAAAAAUACAUUGUUUAAAAAAA